GCUUCUAUUGUGUUGUAUGGUGUUAACCUAACCUAACCUAACCUAAUCAAUGUCGUUGGCGGGAAUACCAUUUUUUUUCUGUUACAAACACACUGUCGAUAGUGUUGGUACCUCUUGGUAUCUGUUGUUUGUCUUUUGAUGGUGCCCAGUUUUCUUUCAUUUACUUGGAUCCCGCCACACGGUUGACAUCUCCAACGCCGUAAAUUCAUUUCAGAUAUUUUCAUUGACAAGUCUUCGAUAUGAAUCCCAGCCGAAACAAAGUCACUAAAAAUGACAAAAAAUCUAAUUCUAAUAACAAAAAACAAGAAGAGGAAAACCAGGUGUAUGUCGUUGAAAAGGUUUUAGAUAAAUGUGUAAGGCAUGGCAAGGUGGUAUACUUUCUCAAAUGGAAAGGUUUCAGUGAUUCGGAAAAUUCUUGGGAACCUAUUGAAAAUCUUAAUUGUGAUGACUUGAUCAACAUUUUUGAACGUGAAAGAAAAAGCAAGACAUCGAAUUCAAUUGAUUUAGAAUCUUCUGAUGAGUCUGACAAUAAAAAUACUGAGGAGCAGAAAGUAGCAGAAAAAGUUGUGGCUGUUGAUAAACUGCAUGGCCAGAUUGUAUAUAAUAUUAAAUUUAAAGGAAUUAAAGAACCUGUGGUAGUAAAAAAUAAUACUGCUGAACAAUUAUACUCAAAACUCAUUAUCAAAUACUAUGAAAGUUAUUUGUUUAAAUAA